AUGAGUGUGAUCCAACAUUUUCAUAAAAGAUCCGAUUUGAUUAGGAUCAUUCUAUCUAUUAUAAUGAUUUGGUGUAUGAUUAUGUUAAUGGAUUUAUCCAAUGGUCAUUUAUUGAUGAAAGAAGAAAAAAUUUCACGGAAAUUAGUCAAUUUGAUUCAUGCCACAACAACAAAUGAUUUCAAUCUAUGUACAAUUCAUUCACGUCAAUUACAAUACUUAUUAUAUACUACUUAUAAUACUACUACUACUACUGCUACUACUACUCAUUAUAAUGAUAUUCCAUCAGCAGCAGGAGCAGGAACAGGAGCGUCGUCAGCAUCGUCAGCAGAAGGAUCAGGAUCAUCAACAAUGAUUAAUUUAAAUGAAACAUUCUAUCCAAUAUGUCAUCAUUUAAUCACACAAAACUCUUUAACACAAAAUUUCUUACAUGAUAUAUAUAGAUCUAUACAGAUUAUGAGAAAUUUCAAUCGUUGGCAUAGCAACAACCACUACCACGACAACCACAACCUCAACAAUCAUGAUACCAGGAAACAAUUAGAAGUCUAUUUAUUUCAUUUAUUACAAUUAAAUCAGCCAAUUGAAUUUUAUAAUCUGAAAUUAUUCAAUAAUUUCAUCACUAUGAAUGAUGAUUAUGAUGAUCAAAAAUCCAAGUUAAUUGGUAUUGGUUAUUGUUUCAAUGGGAUAUUAAUGGCUUAUGUCAAUAAUUAUACUACUACUACUACUACUAAUAGUAGUAUUAGUAGUAGUACUAAUGAUUCCUCUAAUCGUAAUUCUAUAUGUAGUCAAUUUCUAUUGAAUGUAGAAUUAUUUGAUGAUAAUAAUAAUGAGACUAUACGGUUUAAUGAUUAUGAAUACGGAGAAUUUUCAUCCAUUUGGGCACCAAUUCAAUGUGAAUCUAAUUCAAUCAUACCAAUAGUUUUACGAUAUUUUAUUUAUACAGAAGAAAAAAGUUUAUUUUUCGAAUUUCAUUUGAAGGAUUAUACUAUUGAUCAAUGUGCUUUGAAUAUAAAUCGAUGUGAAGCAACAAUUCGAAUCUAUUAUCAUUCAUCUACAAUCAUAUUUCAUCAUUUGCUCCUAUUUUUUACUGGGCUAUCAAUUAAUUAUACCUUUGAAAAUGAUUCCUUUAAACAAUUAAAACAUUCUCAUUAUCUACAACUGAUACAAUUCAAUCAAUUGAAUUCAAUUCAAUUAAUGAAUAGUGAAAAAAUUCUAUUAACAUCAGAUAUACCAUUGCAUUUAGAUACCAUGUUUCCAAUUAAAUUUUAUGGUGAAUAUUAUAAAACAGUUAGAAUAUUAUCAAACGGUAUUAUAAACAUUGUGGAGCCAAAUUUUGGAAAAUUAUCUGGAAGCAUUAAAGUAUUUUAUGGAGUUUGGAAAACGGGUCAAGUGGAUAUUAUUCAUAAUGAUAAGUUUCUAACGGUAAGAUGGCCUAAUCUUAACAUUUUCAAUGCACAUGGAAAAGAAAUGGAAGAACGUGCACAAAUGACAUGCACAAUACAUGUUAAUGGGAACAUAUCGAUUUUCUUUGAAACAAUACCGAAUGGAACAUUUAAUGAAACAGAAGAAUCUAUGCCUGGAAGUACUAUAUAUUAUCCAACGAAAAUUCAAAAUAAUGCCUAUUCACCUCAUUACAAAAACACUGCGAUAAAAGUUCCUGCAUUCUUGAUAAAGUCGAACACCUUAAUGGAGUUUAUACCAGAUCCAAUUUGCUCUGAUCAAACAUCAUGCGGUGAAUGCCUCAAACCAGGUGCAUUCGCUACAAAAUGUUAUUGGUGUCCAAGAACAAGAAAGUGUACUAAUACUCAUGAUAGUUAUGCGAGAAUGUGGAAGAAAGGAGAGUGUCAAAUACAGAAUAGUGAAAAUUGUACUGUUCAGAACGAUAUUUUAAUUAAUCCGAUUCGAAAUAUCAUCAGUACAGCAAAAUCUUCGAUCAGAAGAAAUAAACUUACAAAUCUCACACAGAAAAUUACAAACAACAAUUUAUCAGAACGUGUACCCAAUACAACUACUGUUCAAAAUAGUGAAAAUUGUACUGUUCAGAACGAUGUUCUAACUACUCCGGUUCAAGAUAUCAUCAGUACAGCAAAAUCCUCGAUCAGAAGAAAUAAACUUACAAAUCUCACACAGAAAAUUACAAACAACAAUUUAUCAGAACGUGUACCCAAUACAACUACUGUUCAAGUAAUUCAAGUUAAUAAAACAUUGAGUAUUCAACUAGGCAAUAUGUUUUUUAUGCUUCAACAUGUGAUUGAUAGUUCGUAUAUAAUCUUAUGGAUGUUAGCGACUGUAUUCAUUAUUCACUUUAUUAUCCUUUUCAAUAUAUUAUGUAAUCUAUUAUGACUUUCUUACUUCUUAUCAAUGAUUUCUUUGUUAUCACGAUAUUUUAUUCCGAAUUUAUUAUUCUUGUUUAUUCACUUAUCCACUGUAUGUUCUGAGAAGUUGUAUGUUUCUAGGGAAAUGUUCGUCUUCAUUAUUUGAUUUGUACAUACAUGAUUAUUAUUAAACAGGAAUUGGAUAGAUUUUCAUCAGAAU